CACAUCAUGUGUCAAGUCGAUGGAUGAUAUCAGUCAGCAACGUAAAAAAAUGUUAGAAAAUCUCAAUCAGUUCUUUGCUUAUUGCCUGCUAAUGUAGUUGGUUUGGAUUCGGCUACGAUUUAAUAUGUAAUGGCAAAUUCGUAGUCAUUUGACCUGAUUAAUUCACAGUGGUUUGUUUACUGUGGUAGUGUGUAUCUUUCCUACCCUACCAGUUAUUAUCGGUUAACAAUUUUUCGUUAUAAACUGCAUCAAUCCCAAAAUGGACCGUUAUAAUUUAUUAGUGUUAUCUAUUGUAUUUUCUAUAGCUACAGUGUAUAGUGCAGUUAUAUUAAAUGACGGCGAUGUAGAUGAACAGGGGCUGUAUAGUAAGUCGGACCAUGUGGUCAUAUUAACUCAAAGAAACUUCGAGAGAAAAGUGUACGGAAAAAAACACGCUACAGUGAUUCAAUUUUACAACAGUUUCUGUGGGCAUUGUAGAGCGUUUGCCCCAAAAUAUAAAUCCAUGGCUCUUGACUUCUCACCGUGGAUAAAUAUUAUAGUUCUCGCUGUUAUGGACUGUUCAGUUGAAGAAAAUAAUGAAAUAUGCCGUCAGUUUGAAGUCAUGGCUUAUCCGUCAUUGAGAUAUCUCCAUGAACACUAUACCAAAGCAAAUGAUAAUGUGGGUGAUCGAAUCGCUAUGACAGAUACAGCUGAAAAGGUUAAGUGUCAAAUCAUUGCUAAAAUGCAAACAGAGCAAGCAAGAGGCAGAUUACCAUUUGCUCCUGAUUUUGAAAUUGCAUCCUAUAUUUCCUACCAAUCUGCAUUGAAAAAUGUGCCAAGUGAUGUGCUUUAUACAUUUCUUAUAUUUGAGAAUGAAAAUUCAACAGUAGGAUCUGAAUUAGCUCUAGAUAUUAAUGACUACCAACAUGUAAAAGUGAAAAGAAUUAAAGAUAGCAGUGAGUUAGCUAAUGUGGCUGGAUUAACCCGUUUCCCAGCUUUGGUAGUAGUUGGGACUGACUCGGAACCAAGUGUACUUUCCCCUAAAACUCCAAAUAAAUUGAAUUUAUUGGCUGCAGUCAAAACAUAUUUAGCAUCUAAAAAUUAUGUCUUCCCUGUACGUGAAAUAGACAACAUUGACUCGAACCAAAAUCAAGGGAAUGCUAAAGUGGAUACUGAAAAAUCAGAUAUAGUAUAUUACAGUGAUUUAGAAAAAACUAUCAAAACUAGCUUGACAACUGAAAUUACCAGGCACAAAAAACUGUCUGGUGAGCCCCUCAUUGCAUUGUUAAAUUAUUUAUCAGUGCUGAGAAGUGCAUUCCCUGCAAGAGGAAAUCUUAAAGAUUACAUAAUAAACCUGCAUGUCACAUUGAGUGGAAAAAAUGAGUGGACUGGAAGUGAAAUCUAUGACAUUGUGAAACAGCUUGAAACUACACAUGCCCCUGUUUACACAACUAAUUUAGAAUAUAUAGGAUGCAAAGGCAGUCAAGCUAAAUAUAGAGGGUACAGCUGUGGUCUUUGGACUUUAUUCCAUACACUUACAGUGAAUGCAGCCCAAAAUGCAGGCAAUGAAGGCCCUGAUGUAUUGAAAGCUAUGCAUGGAUAUGUGAAAUACUUCUUUGGCUGUACAGAAUGUUCUCAACAUUUUCAAGCUAUGGCAGCUAGAAACAAAAUAUUUGAUGUGAAGGAAAAUGAUAAGGCUGUGCUUUGGUUGUGGAUCUCUCAUAAUGAAGUGAAUUUACGUUUGGCUGGGGAUAUCACAGAAGACCCAGACCAUCCCAAGAUUCAGUAUCCAAGUGUGUUGAGAUGCCCAGAUUGUAGAGGCACUGGUGGACGCUGGAACCUACCAACUGUGUAUCAGUACCUGCAAUCAGUUUACAGAGCAGACAAUAUACGGGAUCCCAGAACAUCAAGAUCAGCAGCAUCCAUCACAAGCCCACUCUCCAAUUUGGACAUUGGAUGGUCCCUUCUCCAAUUUGGCCUCUUUUUGCUUCUCCACGUCUGGUCGAAUAUGGACUCAAUUUAGGCGAAGGAAUGUGGCGUAAUGUGCUGUUACCAACGUGAAGAGUCCAUCGCUUCAGUAAUAUUUCCGAAGGAUUGAUUGGAGUGAAGUACAUUGAAUUUAAAAAUUCCUUAGCCAUUCUAAAAUCUACGUAAUCUCUUUAUAUUGAGUUCAACAAUUCUCGUGUAGAAAUUAGAUUCACUAUAUGACCAUUGUAAAUAGUA